GCGAACAACAAAAAUGGAGUUGUGAACUAGUAGCAAGUUAGCCACCGAAGGACAUACAAUUUCAGUUUUUUUUUUUUUAAAUUACCCUUACGUGAGUUGAAGUUUAUAACUGAGUGAAGUAACGCGAUGCGACCAUAUCGAAGUCAUACGUAGUGUGUAUUUUGCAGCAGUCGAAAGAAGCUGCCGAACGGGUAAACAAACCGGUAUCUCUACGACAAAGACAAGAAGGUUUAGCGGCUAGCCAGCUAAAAGAGAAGCGUCUGCUCGUUUUCAUUCUCGCUGUGUGGAGCUGGUUAACAAGCGAAGAACGUGACUCGGGCAGAAAUGGAGAAGGGAGAUUUCCUGAAGGGACUGCCUGUCUACAACAAAAAUAACUUCAGCAGGUUCCAUGCAGACUCUGUAUGUAAAGCAUCAAACCGGCGACCAUCUGUGUAUCUUCCUACCCGAGAAUAUCCAUCAGAGCAGAUCAUAGUCACAGAGAAGACAAACAUCUUGUUGCGAUAUCUUCAUCAACAGUGGGACAAAAAGAAUGCAGCAAAAAAGCGAGAGCAGGAACAUGGAGAGGGGGAGAACACAGCGCCUCCAAGAAAAAUUGCCAGAACAGACAGCCGAGAGCUAAAUGAGGAUUCAUAAAGCAAAGUGCUGUCAGUGCACGCCCAGCAGAGACUGACCUACACAAACAAAAUGCAAACAGAGAUUCAGGAUAUAUGUUUGCAAACCCAGGCCUUGGCACUGAAGCACACAAGGAUCGACACAUUUCAGACCACAGUCAUCAUGACGUUGAUUUAAAUAGAAGACAGAUUUCCUUAACCAAAAGCUUUUUUCUUCCGAUUAUUAUUAUCCGAUUAUUUACUGAUUUCACUCACUAUUUUCAUUACUUCCAAGAACCUAUGCCUCAGAUUUUAGUCUUUGCAGUUUUAAAAAUAACAUACAUCUACCUCCUUAUUCCUGAGCCCCUUUGGUUUUCAUUCACUUAUGCUCACAGAGUUUUCUUUUAAAUAUGCAGGGAGUUAAGUCGUUGUUCCUCUGCUGCCAUUUAAGGGUUUACAGUUGUAGUUAUUCAUACCAUCUCUGAGAUAUGCAUGAUUUAUUUAAAGUCUGUAAAUGUGAAGUUACAUGUCAUCUUUGCUUUGGCUCCUACUUCAUUAGGAUAUUUUUUAUUUUGAAUUAUGUUAUGGCAGUGGUCCUUAAAAAUAUUAUUUUAGCUCAUCCUUUAUGUGAUUACUGUCAUUGGAGUAACUGAAAAUAAAAAUACAUUGUGUUACUUGCGUAAAUUGAUGAUCCAUUCAGGGUUUUGUCACGGACUGUGUCGUGGAGAAAGACGAGUGCUGAAAGAAAUGUUCUUAUGUUUUCUCCUGAUGAUUAAUGAUUUAUUGCCUUAAGUGGAAGUGAGUGUGUUUUCACUAUCUCUUAGAGUGCCCCCUUGGUUUACAUUGUUGUUUCAGGAAGAAAUGAACCACCGCUGAGUUGAGUGGAUAUUAGCAUGUCUUUUCAAUAAGGACACAUUAAAGCCAAUAUAGUCAUGCUAGAGGAUGCAAACUCUUUUUGUACAAUGUGACCUGCAGGUUUUGUAGCCAUAUUCUAAGUUUGAUGCUCAAUACUAUGAGAUCAUGACUUUAUGAGCAGUGCUUGUAUCUUUGUUAUUGCAUGAUUAGCACAGUAUUUUAUGAAAUAUGUGAUGACUAAAGGUAUGUAUAAAAUUACACUUCAGCUGUACUAAUGUGUUGGCUACUUGUAAAAACUGCUGUUGGUUAUAAAUGUGCCAUUCACAUUUGCUCAAAUUGGUCAAUCAUUUGAGUUAUUUUGAGGGAAUGUAUGUUUGGCUUUACAAGUUUUUGACAGCAGGGCUGAGUAAACUGUCUUUCUUUUCUGUACGAGAAAUUGCCGAAGUUCAUCAUAAUGCUCCACAAUUCUUGUGUAUUUGCACAGUGUGUAUAUAUUGUGAAUGUUCUGACUUCUUUUUUUCAGGUAACAGGACAACUACUCAUUGUUUAUCUUCCCUAAGUCAGCUGUAUUUUUUUUUCACUUCGUUUAGCCAAAUUGUUUUACAGCAGAAGGAUACAAGCCAAGAGUUUGGUUAGAACAAAAAAAAAACUUUUUACUUCAUUUGUUUUGCACCUUUAGAAAAAAAUUACGUGCACUGCAAAUUUAUAAAGAGCGAUCUGCUGCAAAUAGUGUUUGACACAUUUUCAGUGACAAAGGCAAAAGUUGCAGUCACAAUACAUGUUCUUACCGAUUGCUUUUCAAAGGUUUACAGAGUAUAUGUUCAGUUUUACCGCUUAUGUAAGUCAAACCAAGCAUAAUACACACUGUAAGUUCCUCAAGUAUGACUUUAAACUAUAGAGAGACGUGCAGUGUUUUGUUUUCCCCGACUCUUCAUAGAAGAGUGUGCUAACUCUAUUUUUGUGAUAUAGUUUGUAUCACGUCACCUGAUUAAGUUUGGAAUGCGUUUAUUGUUAAAUGCUUUGAGUUUAUUGUAUAAAUGUACUGUUGUCAAUUUCUUGUUUUUGUAUAGACUACACUGAAAUACAGUAAAGGCUAUAACUCACAGUAAACAGCA